GUAAAAAUUUUGGCUUUGUGCGAGGACUGCGAAGAAGAAACGCAACACAAAAGGAUAAGGCUGCAGGAAAAGUGAAAGUGAAAAACAAGGAUAUCUUUUGACAGCUCGGGUGGAAAAAAGGUGUUGUGCAAGUUCAAAAUUCAACAAAAUGGAGAUCGAAGCCGAAUCUCAAAAGCUUACCUUGGACUUAUCGAAAAAAUGCCUGAAAAAGAUUCCCAAAACAGACGACGCACAGCAGUACAAGGUGCUGAUUCUGGACGACAACGAGCUGCAGAAGAUCGACAAUAUUGAUUCGUAUCUUAAGAUUGAAAAGUUAUCACUUUGUAAAAAUCAGCUGCUUCGGAUGUACGGCGUUUGCCGGCUGCAUUGCCUCCGUGAACUGAACCUUGCCUACAAUGGAAUUUUAACUAUCGAAGGGCUUAAAGAUUUGAUUCAGCUGACUCACCUCAAUUUAGAAGGCAACAACAUCAAAACGAUCGAGCAUCUGAAUACCAACACUAAUUUGGAAUAUCUGAACCUGUCGGAGAACAGCAUCGGCAUCAUUUCGGAUAUUUCGUUUUUGAAAAAUUUAAAGGAGCUAUACAUAAAUGGAAACAGAGUCGCCCACUUGAGGCAAUGUGAUAAAAAUUUGCCCCACUCGUUGGAAACGUUAACGCUGGCGAAGAAUAACAUUUCCGAUUUGAACGAGAUGUGUACGUUAAGUCACUUAAAUAAUCUCAACAGCAUCACUAUUGCGGAUAACCCUUGUGUUCAGAUGACUGGAAGUUCUAUGGGGUUUGAUUACCGACCUUUUGUGCUUAAUUGGUGCAUGAGCGUUAAGAUGAUUGAUGGUUUCGUAGUGACAGCCAUUGAGAGUCUUAAAGCAGAAUGGCUCUACAGUCAGGGACGUGGCCGUCAGUUCCGUGUGGGUGAACAAGUCGCCCUGGCACGUUAUCUGAGUACCGUUUGUCCACUAUCAGGAGAAGCAUUGGAGAACGAAAACGAACGUAAGUUGCGGUUGAUCUUGAGUAAAGCUCAGCAACAUCAAAGGCAGCUGCAGGAGCAAAGCACCGGAGGAGGGGAUGGAGCCACUACCCCCGUGAAUAAUUCCCCAUCAUCGCUCAGACGGAAGGGACAAAGCCGAAUACAGUCACCAAGAGUUACUCGACUAAGUGGUCGCCAACACUCCCCGGACACCAUGUCUAGUAGCUAUCACGGUAACACUUCCACUAACAUAAUGUCCUGCAGCCAGAUCGAAAAUUCAAGCGGAGGCAGUCAACUAUUUGAGCUUACAAAAUCUCUCAUAGAUAACAUCACUUCUGAUAGCAUCAUGACUCAAAGUCUUGAUCCAAACAUGUUGAACGCCACUGGUGGUAGCAACAACUCCAUGAAUACUUCAAUGCAUGAAAGUAUCGUUUUGUCGAAGCAACAAAUCAGCACUGGAAGUGCCAAUCUAUACAACGAUCAACCACCUGCUGGACAGGUUAUCAUGGGAGGGCCGCUAGCAGCUGCGUCCAAGAUGGUGCCCGUACCGGAAUCGCUGAUGAGUCCCGAUUGCGGACCGACUACAUCGCCGGCAACCAUUGUGCAGCGUAACAUGCAGAACUGUGCCAAUCAGCCACAGCCGCAGACACCGCAGAUUCCGAAGGCUAUUAAAACCAAAGAUAAUACCCGCGCCGCAGGUAUCCCUACGAGUACAAUGAAAAGCUCGAGCCCACGCCCGACGAAGCGCAGCACCUCAACUAACAACAGCACCAGCAACAGUGUCAGUAGCGAGCGUUCCUCCCCGUCGCUGUCACCCCGUAAAACGUUGACCGGCGCCAGCAGCAAUCACUCCCGAGCGUUGUCUGCCCAGUCAAGAGGUUCGGCCCACGGCGCCCACGCCACCCCGCCAGAUGGCGGCUCCAGCAAUGCCGUUAGCUCGGACGAAGACAGCGAAGCAAUCAACAUAGAUAAGCUGAAAACCAUACGGAAUAAGGCAGCCCAGCAAAGUGGCCAAAUCUUUACGAAAGCCAAAGAGAAGGACGACGUGGAUGGGUCCACGGUUGUCAACAACAAAACCACCGAAAAUUCUGCCAUACUUAUUCAGAAAAUUUGGCGCGGCUACCAGACGCGGAAGAGAGGCCAAAACAUAGCCGACAUCUUGCAGAAGAAAAGAACGCAGGACUACAUUUUGAAAUUGACCAAAGAUAUGGAAAUGACCAAAACCGCACUGGAAAAUGAGCGGAAGAUACAACAGCUGCAAAUGCAAGCCAUCAACGCUCUGUGGAAGAAGGUAUCCGCUAUGCAGCCGACGCAGGCUGCUAACGGGACGACUGACACCUUGAAACUGGAUGUGAUCAACAACGAAAACAGCUCCGUACUUGUAGUGCAGGACUUGACCAAGACUUGCUCGAUGCUCAUGAACCAGGUGCAACAGCUGCAAACGUCUGUGAAGGAUAUUGUCACGUGUAUGCAGUUCUUUGCCAAUGCGAGCAUGUCAGCAUCCACUGCGGACACGUCAUCGAGCAGUCUGAAGGAUAGUUGCGAAACACAAACGGAAAUUGUGGCAGUGCACACCCCACAGGUGGAGCAGUUGCCGGCUUUUCCGUUCAAAUUGGCAACCGGUGCCGGUGGUAAGCUGAUAAGGCCUUCCACGUUGCCGAUCAGUUCCUCGGAAACAUCGCCGAAGAUCACCUCCCAGGAAGGAAAACCGAUCAUCGAGGAGGAAGAAAAUGGCUCCAAGGAGGAUGAAGUGGCAGAGGAAGUUGUCGUGGAAAUUGAAGCCGAUCCCGGCGACAUGGAGGAAAACGACGACGGUGAGCUGAAGGAACUUGAUGAAAGGGAACUCGAAGAAACAGGUACCCUGGUGAAGGUGGUUAACUAACUUUGAAGAAAUUGUAGUUGUCUAGUUUAACAGUAGCUGGCUCCUACCUACCCCUACUCUGUGUAUGUUUGUAUGUUUCACUUGUGUAAUGUGAUUGCUUUUGCAGCUCGACUUCCAGUUCAGUUCAAAGUUUACUGAAAUGUUUAAUUUUAUUUCGUUGAUUAAUUUUAAGUGUACCUAUAUUUGUGAAAAAAAAUACUGAUAUUCAGUUCGUGGCUUUACUAUUGAGUCUAAGAUCUCCCUAGAGUAAAAAAGUAAAUUAAAACAUAAGCAGUUUUUAUUUGGAAGUAUUACAAAUGAUCUCAGAAUAUUUUUAAGUACAUUUUCGUGUGUCAUAGAUCCUUCUGCUUUAGGCUUGACAGGAACUUCCAUUGGUACAUAUUCGUUAACGACACCAAACCUAUAAAUAUCUUUGAUGAUUCCUAGUGAAUUUAAAAUAUUCUGUGCCGCUAGACAUUGAAUUAAAUACAAGUUCAAUUGUGCUGUCCA